ACCAAGGGUAAAGCCGAGGGAGGGAGGCACGGUUGGACCGGCAAAGGCUGCCUCUUCUUCACCCAUCGGCGAAAUGUUUUGGCAGAAUCCACAGAACCACAAAAAGUAGUCUCCUUUUUCUGAUCCAUCGGAGCUAAGUCAACAACAACAACAACAGCCGUAUUCUAUUUCCGAUCUAGUUUAAUUACUCGCAUAUGCUUUGAUUUCUGUCGAUUUGCACCAUCCGCAGCAUCAACAGCAGCAGCUCAAUCUGAUCCUAAGUAGAAACUUCCAAAUCUGCAAGUAUCGUUCGAUGCGGCCGCUUCGCCACCGCAUCCAAUUUGUCUUACCAUCAUCCUCGAGCCCUAGUUGAGAACGAUUGAGGUGGAGGAUUUCCGAUGGCGAGCAGAGUGAAGGAAGACGAGAAGAACGAGAGGGCUAUCCGGGAACUGCUGAAGCUUCCGGCUAACCGGAGAUGCAUAAACUGCAACAGCCUGGGACCUCAAUAUGUAUGCACAAAUUUCUGGACAUUCAUAUGUAUUAAUUGCAGCGGAAUACACCGGGAGUUCACACACCGUGUAAAGUCUAUAUCCAUGGCCAAGUUUUCUUCAGAAGAAGUUUCUUCCCUUCAACAAGGAGGAAAUGAGUGUGCUAGGGAGAUCUAUUUUAAAGAGUGGGAUGCUCAGCGUUAUUCUUUUCCCGAUAGCAGCAAUAUUGUCAGACUCAGAGAAUUCAUUAAACAUGUUUACAUGGAUCGAAGAUACACAGGAGAAAGAAGUUCAUCCAGAUCUCCAAGGUCUAAGGGUGAUAAUGAAGAUCCCUAUGACAAAAAGAAGUUAGAUUCUUAUCUUGGUUCCCGAAGCCCAACUUACAAUGAUAUGGAUGUCCAGCGGUAUGGUGAAAGACCUAGUUCUACAAGUCCCCGAUAUGAGUUUAAUCCUGGCCGCUUUGACAGAGAUGACAAAUCCGGAAAAAACCACCAAACUCCUGGUGGUCAAAAGCUCGAAGGAAGAUCUCCAAGCCAACAAAAAGAGAUUGACAUAUCUAAAUCCCCUGUGACGCAACUUAUUGGAGCAGUAGUCAACUUUCCACCUCCUCUAUCUUCUGAGUCCACAAAGUCUACUGGAAUUCAAGAUGAGCUAACAAAGUUUACCGGACUUCAAUUCCCUCAUAAUUCACCACAAAUUCAGAGUACAGUAUCAGGAUCCAGUGUUGGGAUUUCUGCUGAACUAAAGGCGGUGAGCUCUAGAAGUUUGAUUGAUUUUGAUGCAGAUCCUGGUCCAGAUUCUGUUAGAGCUACAGAUCAGUUUAUUACCCAUCAAACCACCACAUCACCUGCUGAGGGUGGAGGUUGGGCAUCAUUUGAUGACUCUUCCUCUCUUAAACCGACUCAGGUUACUUCAAUGGGAAGCCCAGCAGAAUCAUUUCUGUACCAAUUGUCAAUUCCGCAGAUUGCUUCAACUGCCGACCCAGCCCAUUCUGUUGUUGCUGGGACUAUUUCAUUAUCAAACCAGAGUAAUCCAGUGCAAUUGUCAAUCAGUCACCAGAAUCAUUCAUCUCUAUUCGAAGUUCCUAAUGUUUCAAGCAAUCAACCAUUUAGCACAUCAAUUUCUGGGCCUCCAUACAAUCCGGUGUCUCCAAUUGUUCAUGGACUUGUAUCUGCUGUAACUGGGCAAUCUUCUCAAGUGGUAAAUACACCAAAUCAUCAAAGCACUACUGGAAUUUCACAACAGCCAAGAAAUGCAGUGGCUAGACCAGGCACAAGAAAAGAACUUCCUCUGGAUUUGUUCACUAUGACUUAUCCUUCUUCAUUUGGACCAUUCCCUUACUAUCAGACACCUCAACCUUAUAUGGGUUAUGGCAUGCAAGUGCAAUAUCCAUCUUCGAUCGCCAUGCCAACUUAUGCUCAUUCUUUGACACAUGCAAACCCCUUUGCUCUUGCUGAAGAGCCUAGAUUAGCUCAUGCUUCCACGUUCCCAAAUUUAGCACCUUUGCAAGCAGCACUGCCUAAUGUAGAUGGCCAUUCAUCAAUACUGCGCACAUCGAGCUUACCCACCCAACAGUGGUUGGCCCAACAACAAACUCCAAUGUCAACUGUUCCUCAGGGAGCAUUUUCUAGUUUUGAUGACCAUUCAUAUUUUGUGCGCACAUCCAGCUUUUCGACCCAACAGUGGCUGCCCCCACAACAAAUUCCAAUGCCAACUAUGCCUCGAGGUCCAAAUGUGGUUCAGCAAGGUGCAAGGCAUGUGGCUCUUGCACCAUCUAGUUCUAUGUUUUCUGCUAUGCAUCAAUCUGGUGGGUUUAACAUGGAAGGACUUGCAUUGAACCAGCAUUUAGACUCCAGAAACUAUCCAUCACAUACCCCAACUUCUUCUCCAGGCGGAAAUCCUUUUGGUUAAAUGGUGCACUAAUUGAAACAUUUGCUGUUUGUGUCUGUAGAUCUCUCCAUGCUUUCAGGUGCCUAGGGAGCUUAAAGGUGAGUUGCAACAAACAAUAUCUCAAGUUCUGUUUCAUGGCGGCGAUAGUGAGAUGCUAGACUGUAAUUAUUGCUAGACUGUAAUUAUUGCAUGGAAGAAACUAGGGCUGUUGAGGUUUUUAUUUGCAUAUUGGUCUUUUGAUCUUCUAAUUGCACCCAAGUAUGUUCAUGUAUAGGCCUUGUAUUGUAUUUUCAUAACAUCCAUUUUGUGACACCUUCAAAUGUGUUGAUGGUAGUUUCAGGUUGGAUCUACAUAGUUAA